CUGCUUCUGCACAGCUGCUGCCCUCUAAAAGAUGCACUAUUACCGGUAUCCUUCUGCUGAAAUCAGCUGUUGGUAUAAAUAUCUCCUCUUCAGCUACAACAUCAUCUUCUGGUUAGCUGGUGUUGCAUUUCUUGGAGCUGGUCUUUGGGCAUGGAGUGAAAAAGGUGUGCUGUCUGACCUGUCAAAGAUGACACGCUUGCAUGGCUUUGAUCCUGUGGUCCUUAUCUUGUUCGUCGGAGGGGUGAUGUUCAUUCUGGGGUUUGCUGGCUGCGUGGGAGCCCUGCGUGAAAAUAUUUGCCUUUUGAAAUUUUUCUGUGGGACCAUUGUGCUCAUUUUCAUUCUGGAGUUGGCCUUGGCUGUUCUGGCAUUCUUAUUCCAGGACUGGGUGAAAGACCGAGUAGAGACUUUCUUCAAAAACAACAUUAAGGCCUACAGAGAUGACAUUGACUUGCAGAACAUCAUUGAUUCAUUGCAAAAAAUGAACCAAUGCUGUGGUGCUCAGGGUCCAAAUGACUGGAACCUCAACAUUUAUUUCAACUGUAGCAGUGUGAGCAAAAGUCGGGAAAGAUGUGGAGUCCCCUUUUCCUGUUGUAUCCAGGAUCCUGCGCAAAAUGUGGUGAACACCCAGUGUGGCUACGACAUCAGAAAUAUGUCUUUAUCGAAUUGGGAGGAACGAAUCUAUACGAGGGGCUGCAUCGCUGCCCUGGAAGCCUGGCUACCCAGAAAUAUUUAUAUCAUCGCAGGCGUCUUCAUUGCGAUUUCACUAUUGCAGAUAUUUGGGAUUUUCCUGGCUAAGACACUGAUUUCUGAUAUUGAUGCAGUGAAGUCCGGCUUUUAUUUCCCAAGAUAAAAACUAAAAACAGCGAAGACCAAUCGAUCUUCAUUCUUUGUACCAAGAUUGUGAAGGGAAACAAAAGGAACUCUGAGACUUAGAAAACAUGGAAUGUAUCUAGGACAUAAAGCCUCUAUAUGCCUUUGGUUAAAAUGCCAAAUGGCCUCCUGCUUUAAUUUUUGUGAAUUGUUUUUUCGACAUUGUUUUGUUUGAAGGAGACAUAUUCACCUCCAGCCUUCUUCUGCAUGCUGAUGGGUGAAGAGCAGGGCAUGCAACACCAACCUCCUCUUAGUGAUGUCCGCAUCAAGACCACUGUCUCUGUUUUCUGUUUUCCUCCUUCCUUUUUUUUUCUUUACAGUAUUUCGAACUUAGAAUGUACAUUCCAAAUGUAGAUCAGUGACUAGAAGAAGAAGAAGAAAAAAAAGAAGUCACACGAUGCCAAAUAAUUAUACCUGAAGGGUGGGGAAAUGGGAGACAAAGGCCUGGAAACAUUGAUGCUGGAAACACGUUCAGGGAAUGUUGUGCAUGUUGACAAGUAUAUUGUUUGUGAGUUUUUACAACAGAAGCCAUGUUUGUAGACUUGCAUGGAUGGAUGGGUGAAGGAUUCCUGCUCUUCUUUAGUCCUUUAGUUGGACCUCAUGAGUACAGAAGAUGGACAUUUUCCCCCUGUGGAACAGAUCCAAUGCAUCCAUUUGAGAUGCUACGAGAUCUGGAGGGGACACUGGCUUUGCUUCAAAAGGAGUUUUCAUCCAAUGGAAAACCUUUACGUAAAUGGAUUUAUAUAUAAAAAAAACCAGAAACAAA